CAAACACAGCGGCGGCGGCGGCGGCGCGGCGGCGGUGGUGGUGGGAGAAGAGAGCCAAAGCCAGCGAGCGCGAGGAAAGGGAGGAGUACCCGCGAAGAUGCCGCUGUACGACAUCAUGCUGAUGCUGAAGCCGAUGGUGACGCGGGAGUCCGCGGCGGAGCUCGUGGCGCGGGUGGCCAGGCGCGCCUACCAGCGCAACGGCGUCGUCACCGACCUCAAGUCCUUCGGCAAAGUGCACCUCGGCUACGGCAUCAGGAAGCUCGACGGCCGCCACUUCCAGGGCCAACUUAUGCAAAUGACCAUGAUGGUUCCGCCUUCCUUUACGAAAGAACUCCACUAUCUGAACAAGGAGGACCGGCUGCUUCGCUGGCUGGUGGUGAAGCAUAGAGAGGCAGUGUACGGUCUGGAGUUCAUCAAUGAGGAUGACGGGAAGUACGAGUUCAACAGUUUCCGCCGUCACAGUAUUAGUAGUAUUAAAGAUGAGGACGUUGAUGAGUAUGAUGACGACGACGAUGAUGACGAGUACGAGGUAGAUCAAAAGUAG